GAUUCAACAAAAUCAACAAAAAUACACAGAUAAACACACUACGUCCCACCUGACAUUAUCUACUUGAGUCAGUUAACGCACAAUCGGGUCGCGCAUGCAUUGCGAGGCACCACGAUACGUCUGUGUUGUGAUCCCAGGAACUCUUAAAGGAUCUAUGUUUUGAGCAUCGAUCGGGACUCAAACAUUCCGGAAACAUCACAAGCGAAAACAGUCCUUCGCAGCGAACGUGGUCUCCGCAUGCGCACGCGCCCCUCUACGGCCGGCACCUACAUAAGGCGACCACCCGGUCAUACGAGCUCAAUGAUCGAUGCGCUCUCAGACUGCUUCAACCUCUCUGGCUGGACAGCUCUGAGAACCGGUGAUCUAGUAAACACUUCUGUUACAUACUGUGUUCCACCAUGAGCGAGGACAAAGUCCAACUGGACUCCGUGCUGGCGACCCUGGGGGCGUUCGGGAGGCACCAGCUCAUCACCAUGUGCAUGCUGGCGCUUGUCUACGCCACUAACUCUAUGUACAAUGUCAAUUAUGUGUUUGCUGUUGAAGAUGUCAAUUACAGAUGCAGAAUCCCAGAAUGCGAUACCACAGGCUCGUUCGAGGCCCCCUGGCUGACCCCGGGGGAGGACAUGAAGCAAUGCCAUAGAUACCCCCCUCUUGAUCACUGCAAUGGCGUGAACACCAGCACAUCUGAAGUCUGCACAGAGUGGUUGUAUGAUGUACCGGACAGCUUCGUAGCUGAGUUUGGUCUUGCGUGUGAAGAUUGGAAACCUCCCCUGGUGGGUACCGUGCACAGCUUCGGCGCGAUGCUGGGGCUUUUGAUACAAGGACAAAUUUCUGAUAGGUUUGGUCGGAAAACUGCAGCCGUGUUUGCUGGCACCAUGGGAGCUGUGCUCGGCAUCACUAAAAGCUUCGCGACAUCAUUCUGGGUGUACAUCACCCUGGAAGGUCUUGAGGCGGCGAUUGGUGACGCACUGUCACCUAUGUUCAUGUUGAGUAUAGAAAUAGUGGAAAAGAGACGCGCUGUGCUUUUCCAAAUGAUCCUGCUGAACUGCUACACAGGAGGCCUGAUAAUCAUGCCCUUCAUAGCCUGGGCGGUUCCCUACUGGCGCCAUUUCCUGCGAGUCAUCUACGCGCCCACCCUGAUCAUUCUCACCUACUCCUUCUACUUGGACGAGAGCAUCCGUUGGCUCUUCAGCAAAGGCGAAAAACAGAAAGGGAUCAAGCUGAUAGAGAAGAUCGCAAAGCGAAACAAAGUGAAGGUGGACAAGAUUUUGCUAACCAAGUUGGAUUACAUCGACGAAGAAAAAUCUACGAAAUACAGCGACAGAAAGUUGCUGAUGAAAACUUUCAAAUCCCGAAUAAUGAUGCAACGCUUCCUUGUGUGCAUGGUGUGGUGGCUGACGAUCACGUUGAUAAACUACGGGAUGAUGAUCAGCUCUGUGCUGAUAGAUGGAAACAAAUACAUUAAUUUCGCGUUAUUAAUGUUAAUGGAUAUUCCGGCGAACGUAUUUUACUGGCUCGCGCUAUCAAAGUACAAGAGGAAACUUCCUCUAAUUGCAUCCUUUAUCGUCGGCGGCUUUUUCUGCAUCUCGCAGCCGUUUAUGCCCAAAGGGUACGCAUGGCUAGGAUUGCUGCUCUUCAUGGCGUUCGAGACCCUGGCCACGUUCUCCUACAACAUAGUGUACAUGUACACUUCGGAGCUGUUCCCCACCUACACCCGCAACUCCAUGCACGCUAUCUGCUCUGCUAUUGGCCGCGUCGGCUCUUUGUUGGCGCCGCAGACACCGCUGCUUAUGGCCUACUGGUCUGGACUCCCAGCGUUAAUAUUCGGGCUAUCUUCUCUCCUGUCUGGAGCUCUGACCCUCUUCAUGCCAGAAACUGCCAGCACACAACUUCCAGACACUGUGCUGGAAGCAGAGGCGAUUGGCUUGAAGAAAGCUCCGCCUCUGAGGGAAGAACUUAAGGGUCUUACUUAAAGAUCUGAUAGAGUUAGCUAGUAUUCAAUUGUACCGGGUGUUCUAUAGUCAUACUCGUCUAGUUUAUAGACGUAAUGAGAUGAGUGUUAGAUGUACAUGCGGCAGAGUUCAAGCGACUCCUAUUUGCGACAAGCCAUUGUCACUGAAA